GAGAGAGAGAGGAAGGGAACAAGAAAACAAAAGGCUCCCUACCCUCAUGUCUUAAGGUUCCUCCAAACAUGGCCUGUGUUUUCGUUCUUCUCUCAGCUAUGAUCCAUUGAGACAGGAGAAGCAAAACUUCUGAGGAUUGACUUGGGAGUGUGGAAGCACAAGGAGAUCUGAAGCAGAAGUAGACCCCCAAAAGUUGAGGCAUGAAUAGAGGAGUGUUUCGGAGCUCUCUGGUGCAGCAGCAGAUGAUGGAGGGAAGUCCAAACUGCUGGAGCACGAACAAUAUGAAGCCACCUCCUGAGCUACCCUUUCCUCUACUUCCUGCCUCUUCUUCCCCUUCGGUCUUCCCGCAGAACCCACAGCCUUCCGAUACCGAGAUCUCACCUUGGCAAGAUAGCCACGACUUGUUGGAGUCAUGGUGCCAGCUAUUGUUAUCUUCCAGGGGAGGACUUGUGGGAGAAGAAGAGAAGUAUGGUUGGACUCCUUUCCAGACCAAGAAGAUGAUGAGUAGUGAUGACCCGCGUGAUGAGGUACUGUUCCCCUCAGCUACUGCGCAUAUAGCUGACAUGAAGCAGGAGUACUCUGGAAGUGGAUAUGUGCAUAGCCAUGGGAACGAAGGGAUCCAGGUCUCUAGAUCUGCAUGGGGUCAAAUCCUACCGGCUUCAUCUCCAAGAUCCUGUAUCACAACCAGUUUCAGCACUAACAUAUUGGACUUCUCGAACAUGGCACGUCGCCAACCAGACAAUUCGUCGGAGUGCAACAGCACAGAAACUGCUCCAAACAAGAAGGCUAGGGUUCAGGGAUCUUUUUCUCCAAAAUCUACUCUCAAGGUGAGGAAGGAGAAGUUAGGGGAUCGAAUAACAGCACUUCACCAGUUAGUCUCCCCCUUCGGAAAGACUGACACUGCGUCUGUAUUGCAAGAAGCCAUUGGCUACAUCAGAUUCCUCCAGAGUCAAAUUGAGGCUCUCAGCUCGCCGUACCUGCAAGGCAGUGCAUCAGGCAACAUGAGGCAGCCUGGAAUUGGCUAUAUCAACAAAGAAAAAGAUACUCCACCGGCAUUAGCUAAUCGAUCAGCUACACAAUAGGCUUCCCUCAAUGUAUGGGUAAUGUUGGCAUUGUAGAUUAAUAUAUUGUCUUAUUCAUUUAUGAUUAUGAUCUACAAAGAUAUGAUUUUUUUAUUCAUAUAGCUUUUUUGUUGUCAUCUCAUGCACAUACAUGGAUCUUAAUUCUGGGACAAAUUUUAUUUUGAGACGAUGAAAUUGUUCUUCAGUGUUGAUGGUUAUAAAAUCAUGAAAGAUGACUGCUCAUUCCUGCUCAACAAAAUAGAUACAGUAGUAAUAGGAAUCAUUCUUUUCAUCUCCUUUGUUGAGUUCUCUUUGGUUAGAUGGACUUCCUCCAUUAUUAUACUAUAGUGAUUUUGAAUGGGCGAAUUAUCGAAAAAAAAAUUUCUUCUUUAAUUUUAUCUGAGAGGUGUCCUUGAUUCAUAUUUGUUGACAUUGUUGAAAUAUCCCCCGAUAGGAUAAUCAAACUGAUAACCCAAUCCAUAAGAUGAACAUAUCCAAUCCCCAUAUAUAGGAUUUAUAUUGUGAGUUAUAAUAUUUUUGAAUUGACUUAGAAUGUUUUUUUGAACCUCUACUAAUAUAC